ACUGCCGCCGGGUUCCCUACUGUGCACGCUAAGGGAGGGAUUCACAAGGAGCACCAUGCAGUUUCCGCCGGAUGGCCUGUGCACCAUUAUAACGUUCUUCAAUUUGAUCAAGGCUCCCGUGAACACACUGAACCGGACAUAUAGUGACGACUUCAGUUACUUCUUGGAGACAGCACGCAGCCACCAGGAUACUGAGUACGGGAUCGGCAUCGACUACGAGUUUUGCAGAGACCCCUCCCGCGUCAAAUUAUUUGUCCGAAGACCCAGCGCCAAGGCGCUUCUCGACGGUUUGUGGGACCAGCGAGUUUACCACUACGGUCAAGUGCACCAGCUCAUCCGAGGCCAGGACCUUAAACCUGAAGUCACUGGGAAUUUAGCGCGAGGACUGCAGAUGAUCUCCAGUUUGAUGAACGACAAGAAGGACAGUGUGCAGCGGCCAAGUUACACCAUACUCCACUUCCCGCUACUUAAACCAGCAUGGUCGCGAAUAAUUGCCCGGCAAAUCAGAUCUCAUCCUGUGGACAUCUUUGUCGCCGUUGGGCAUCACCCGGAACCCGACUACAUGUACUCGGACUGCCACAUGGUGCCACCAACAAUAACGUCCAAACGGCUUCUACGACACGUCGUUGGUGACGCCUAUCCUGUUCGCCUGGGCAACACUAUCUGGAGCCUAGCGGUCGAUUCUCACCAUUGGCCACCCAAUAUUGAGUUCGCCGUCACCUUAGGAAUGGCCGGCAGAUGGUACCGGCCGAAAUAUCCGGACAACGUGCACCCCUCGACAGGAAAUUAUACGCUUGGCUUUCCGUGCGCAGCGGACGAGCACGCUCCAAUGGGUCAGAUGGUCAACGUUACUGAGGCAUGCAUUGACCAAAAAUACAGUAGCAAUUUCAAAUACGAUUUCGCCUAUAAAUCGGAAUUCACUUACAACAAGCAAGAGAAGUGGCUGUUUACAUACGACACCGCACGUUCCCUUCGAUUGAAGUUGUGCGAGACCAAGAAGAAUAUGACGCACGUGCAUUACACCUUCGCCGCCGUUAACAUCCAGUUCGAGGAUGCCAAGGACUACUGCGGCUUCGGAGAGUUCCCGAGACUGCGCGUGUUGAAGGCUCUGGCCCGCUUUUUUGCGCUCAACUACACCUCGGCCAGCCAAGAGCAGGCGUGCCUAUCGACCAGAUAGCAAGAACCGCGCCCACAAUGCCAUCAAUUAUUAUCAAUUUAUUGCGCUAGUGAUACCCUUGCGAAAUGAAUUUCAUUUAAAUGAAUAACUUAUUCGACGUCACUAUUAUUCCUGACGUCACUAGGCCAAUAAAUAUACUGCGCAAGAAGUGCUGGGCUAAACUGUAUAGUCAACUACACUGUUCAAUACAAAAGCGGCCAGAAUGUAUACCUUAAAGAAGUAGUCACUGAAAAAAAAAAAAAAAAACAUGCAGUAGUAUAGGAGCAAACACUACAAGUCAUGCAUUUUUUUCCUGACUUGGAGAUGCACUGAGGUGUUGAUACUCUGUGCUCUGCAAACGUCACUCCUGCACGCGAUUAUAGAAUUACGCAUGGCCCCUCGCCACGGUAACAACACACGUCGCACUUUACUCCCGAUGCUUCAACUCGUCGAAGAUGCAGGAACAACUGCGGCUAAGAGUCAUGUAGUAAUCUCAAGGCGCGCGCACCCGUCAUUUUUGCAUCUAUAUGGCGAUUAACUGAAACUCGUUUGAGACGCCAGACUGCGGUGCGUCUGCCAGAACAGCGAAUCCAGAUUAGAGCGCUUCCUGGGAACCUGGUCUGUGCAGCCAUAUAUCGAAGGCGAAGGUACGUGUACG